CGCUAGUUCACACCGUACAGUAAGAACUAGUACUAACUGUCAAAAAAAAUAAUUUAAAAAAAUAACGGCUACUUUGUGAGUACGAUACGUACAGUACGGAACUACUACAGCUUAGAGCUACUAAGCACGGUACCGGUACAAGGUAGAUACCGGCCGGCAAGGCCAGGGCCAGGGGACCCCUGCCCUGCCAGGCAAGGGUCAUGUUCGGGCCCCAUAACAAUUUUGUGGCAUUUUCCCGGCUGUCAAUUUUCUUGUGUUGGGUACCAGUACGGUUUGGUAAUGUUAAAAGCCGAAGAGUUCUGAAUUCUUUAUCAACCAUUUAAUGGGCCCUCCGGAACCAACGCGCGCGCGUCCCCCCUUUGAAAUCUCAUAUUGGGGGUACGAUUUCGUGUUUUUUUUUCAAAUAAAAUAACCCACGUUUCUAAAACGUGUGUUAUUUUUCACAAAAAGUUUUAAAAAGUGGGUUCCUGGGUUAACCCACAAAUAACCCACCUUUUAUUCAUGGGUUAACCCACUGUAGAACCUUAAUGAAAAAAAGGGGUUCGGAACUCUUGAAAGAAGUUUUUAUUUCUUUAUCAACCAUUCUAACAUUAAACACAGAUUCUCAGAACCAUAAAUAAAACAGAUUCUUCGGAAGCCAAAUAGAUCCUGAUCUUGGUUGUUGACUGUCUUCCUUAAAAACUAACGGAGGGCCCAGUAAUCAACAGAUUCUCAGAACCAUAAAUAAAACAAGCCAGAACAGAUUCAGACAAUGAUAUUUCGGAUCUAUCGGUGGGACAGUAGCUACAUUUAACACCCUCACCUUGGAUUUCUCACUCGCUGGUGGAUCACUUAACGUUCUCAGCUUGGUUGCUGGAAGAGCUGAGAGUUCUCGAAGACAAGUAUGUUUUUCGUUUAAUUGUUCCGAUCGUUUGUGCGAUAGUAGUAGUUGUACUCAAUUAUGUUACCAAUAAGCAAAACAACUGAAGCUUCCUACAUGCUCCCAGUACUUUGCUACAUACUUAAGGAUGGAACAAUUAAAUUAACGAACUGAACCAGUUUCUGACCGGCGAUCACUUGUUAUGAUAUUCGUAGUAGUAUGUUCCUCGUUUAAUUGUUCCAAUUGUUUGUGCAAAAGUACCGGUAGUAGUUGCACUGUAUUAUAUUACGAAGUAUGUUACGGAGUUCUUUUAAGUAUUUAUGUAGACAAAGCUUCCGCAAAUUCAAAUGAUAAUUCAAAUGAUUAGCCAAAAAGUUCUGAAGUUAUCGGUUGAAAAUACGACAUUACAGUACGGUAUUGGUAUGAGACCAUGCACUUUUUUCUUUUUUUGCUUCCUUCGAUCUUCCAGAAAAUGAAAUCUUGCAUUUUCAUAAUUUUAGUAGGAGCAUCAUAGCUCAAAAAUCCACACCCGAUAGUUGCGAUCAUGAAAAUCAGAUGCCUUCUUCCUUUUCUUGCUGUUGUUGGUGAGAUCUUGGUGGUGACAGCAGUGCUAUCCGAUUACGCCAUCGGUGACUCAAACAUCAAUGUUGAAUCAUUGGAUGAUCGGAUUCAUUUCCAAGACAAAGUAAGCCCGAACAUUUCGUUUGCGGUGUCUGAGAGUGGUUUUCCAGCAUCAGUUGAUUCGGAUUGGUUUUCUGUUUUCUCCAAUUUUGCCACACUCAGUAUCAGAAGAACAAUCGAGAUUGACGUAUGAUUACUGUAUUCGUUCUCCUCAUUGCUUGGUAUGCUGCGACAUACUUUUCCACAGGUCUCUCGAUACUUGAAGCCAGAAAAAAAGAAAAAGAGUAAGGCCGCAAAAAGUAAGAAAGUGAAGAAGAACAAAUCCUCAAAAAGCUCCCCCGCGUACGAGGUUUGGGCUUCGGAUCAAUCUAACUCUGUUCCUGGCGAGGAACGUUUGGGCGUGAAAGGCUCGUUUCUUUGGGUCUUUGAUACUGAUGGGAUACAAGGACAGCUCUCUGGAAAGGAGAAAGCUACCCCGCUCCCUUGUACGCCCACCAAGACAAAGGGUCCGUGUGAUGCAUUUGAAAUCUUUCCUCCAGAGCUCAAUCAAGUUGACGCUGGUGGAGCCCCCACAGGGAAACAACUGAAAGAUAUAUCUGGUUUUGGUCGGCUUCAUGGUGUGCUCGUCGAUCCACAGAACAAAUACGUCAGUGCGAACUUCUUCACUCCAGGGGGCGGAUUUAUCGGAAUCAUCGACGUUGAGACAAAAGAAGCUAUCUCCUUGUUCCGYGUUACAGGAUUCAGCACUAAAGCUGAAAGAUCAGUUCACAUGACCCUUUGGUCAACUGAUGGAUCCGCACUCUUAUCUGCAAAUCUGCAUGGCAAGGCAAUUGAGCGAAUCAAUAUCGGGAGGGAUUCUGACGGUAAAAUUACCUCUGCCGAGUUUGAUAAGAGUGCAUCCAUUGGAUUAGGCAUUGGGAAUACAAUUAUUGAAGAAGCCUCUGUCUUCGAAGGCGUAAACGCGUACGGACGCCAAUUGUUGGGUUCUGUUGUUGGGCAAUAUUCCGACGCUGGGAUGGGAGACCUUACCCCUAACGGAUAUUGCAAACAAGACGGAUGCACAAGCAGUGCCCUCCCUCCCACAGGACGGACCAACAAUGUCCCUAUCUGUCCAAUCCCUUCUACAGAGAAUAACUUGUACACAAGCCUUGGUGGUGGAGGAUUGCUUGUCAUGGAUCUCAAGACUACGCCGAUUUCUAUUGUUGGAGAAUACGGUGGCAAGAUUUUCAAUGGUGCUGGCUGUGGUGGAACCCAAGUUGAUCAACAGAUGUUUCUAAACGCAGGCAUUUCUGCUGCCGCAUCUGGUUCUGAUCAGUCAACAUUCACAGUGUACUCAAUGGAUGACACGGCAUACUCUCAUGGCCAGAACGUCGCUGACGAUCCACCCCCAACGAUCGUCUACAAGGACAACACAAACACAAAUACGAUAGGCAAUGUUGAUGGCGUUGAUACCCCAAACAAUACUGGACAGAUCCCAGGUGUUACCACCCGUCGUGAUUCCCAUGGUAUUGUCAGUACAUUGAACAAGAAGUUCGUGCACCAGUUCGAUAGGAUUCAAAAUGUGGUCGAAGUAUUUGAUACGAAGACUUACGAACGCUUCAGCUAUGAUCUAACAUCCAAAAAUGGACAAUUKGGUAGACCUAAUGCUCCCGAAGAAGCUGGCCCGUGUCUGGCUAACUCCGUAACUGAUGAUGUCAACUUGGUUUUGAAUGAUCCAUCACCAGACGUCUUGGAGAGAUCUCCAGAUGGAAAGUUCAUCUUUGUUGGUUUUCGUGGUCCCGCACCGGUUUCUGUUGGCCACUCUGCUCAAGGAAGCUGUCCUGGUGUGGGAGUCGUCGAAAUCACUGAAGGUGGGAAGAGAGGAAAGCUCGUCGAUGUCAUCCGUACUACAAAUGAAAUUGAUAAUGCACCGCUUCCACCAAUUGUGGGUGGGAUCCAAUACUCAGGUACCGAAAGAAGCGAUAUCCAUAGUGCAAUCGUCGUAACCAGAUCUAAAUAAUCUUAAUUUUUCCUUUUCGAGUACGUACAGAUGUGCGUACGUACUCGUACCGAGGAUGGAAUACAGUAUGAGUUUUCAC